UUCUUUCUCCUUCCAAUAUAUUUAGGGAGAAGAAAUAACAAAAGAAGAGAUUGACAUGCUAAGCGAUGCUUGUACUAAAUUGAAGGAACAAAAGAAAUUGCUAACAAAGGAGAAGGAGGAACUUGAGGUACUCAAGGAUGAUGUGCAGGAAUACAGUGAGGAUUUGCAAGAGAUCAAGGAAUUAUCUAAGACUGGACCAGAGGACAUAGUUGAAGAAUCCAAAGCAAGCAAGAGACUGACUAAAAGAGUGAAUCGAAUGAUUGGGCAGAUGGAUAGAAUUAUUCAGGAGUUAGAGACAGACCAAAAAACAAUAGAUGGACAGUUGGGCGGUGAUGUUAGUCCUCCUGUUGGGGAGAAUCUCAUCAGCAUCCACGAUCUUAUUAAUGUAAUGAAGCAGCUACAGAAAAUACCAGAAAGCAAACUGAAUAAGCUGGCUGAAGCACUGGAUGAAAAUAAAGAUGGCAAAAUCGACAUAGAUGAUGUUGUGAAGGUGAUAGAAUUGAUUGACAAAGAAGAUAUUGAUAUUUCUACCAAGCAAGUAGCAGAGAUAGUAUCACUGUUGCAGAAGGAAGAAAAACUAGAAGAAAUAGAGAAGACAAAAGAAAAUGCUGAGAAGGAAGCUGCAGAAGUGAAGAACUAGCCUUCAGAGUAGUUUGAAGGUUAAAUCAAAUAAGAUACCAUGUGUACCUUAGUCAGUGCUUAGUGGUUGUGAGAUGAAGAACACUGGUAAUUUUUCAGCUAAUCAAAGGUAAAGUGUUUUUGGGCAGAGGGAGACAUUUCUCUGAUCAGAGACAAAUUAUCAUUCCAUGAAGAAGAAACUCUUCUGGCCUUCUAAGAAAUCAGCCCAUCUUCUGCAAUCAUGUUGAUUCUUUGGUAUGCUGUGGUGAUUCAGUCUCUUUGUCUCCAGAUUGUGAUAUAAAUUAGAAAUUUCUUUGCGGUGCACAAGGAGUCAGCUACUUUUUUUAAAAUAAUGCUACGUUUACUUGGCACGGACAUGUGUUUUUCUUCUUGGAAAAGUGAAGAUCUCUACAGCAAAAUUUCCAGUACUGAAACCAUUCAAAAAUGUCUAAUCCAGGUGAAGGUUGGUUUUUGAAAGUUCUGUAGUGGCUUUGGGUUAACACAUGUAGAACUGCACUGCAUAUGUAAGUUAAAAAAAAAAAUCUCAUGUAAUUUUUAUUUUGGCUUUGCUGAUUUUUCAGUACUAAAAAAAAAAUAGAGAAAAAGAUAUUGCACCAUUCAGCUGCCACUACACAUAUUUUAAAAAGUGUUUCCAUCCUUCUAUAAUCCCACUGAUCUUCCUCUCAGUUUAUCCAUUUAUCCAGCUUCACUAAUAUAGAACCUGGACUCCUCAAGUUUGCAGACCAGGUGUCAGUUGGAUGCAAGGCAAAUUUGAAAUUGUGAAAAAAAACACCUUUACCAAAACACUGCUUAUACAAUAGGUGUAUCUAAUUACAAGGUUUUUCACCUUGGAUAUGAAAUGACUAAUAUAACAAACUGGAAGCUUCAUGUAAAAGUUGCCUAUAUAAUCAGGACAAUUAAAGGCCUGCUGAAAUUAA